AUGGAGUCAGACAUACUAAUUCAGCUUCUUAUCCUUCUCUUCACACUCGGAAUUCUCUACACCAUCUACAAUUUCCCCAAACAAGCCUUAACCCGACUGCGAACAAAAACCCGAUCCACUAACCAAGCCCAUAUCCACUUCAUUAAAGGAGCCCAAUUCCUAUCAAAAGCUCAAUCCAAUCAUCGAAACAAAUCCAUUGCCCUCAACCUCGCCAAAUCCGCCGUCACCGAAGCUGACAAAGCCGUAUCCAUUAACCCCAAAGAUCCAUCGGCCCAUAUUCUCAAAGCUCUAUCACUCAAUCUAAUGGGCCAUAAAUUACCCGCUUUAAGAUCAUUGGAUUCCGCCCUAUCUCCGCCGGCAGUGAAGGCGUUGUCCGGCGGAGAGAAAGCGGAUGCGCUGCUGAAAAGGGCUGAGAUAUUGGUGGCAUUGAACCGGAAAAGACGAGUUGACUCGGCUUUAAUGGACCUGUUGGAAGCUAUGAAAUUGGGUUGUUCGGACAAAGCUAAGGCCUUUUGUUUGUUGGGCCAGUGUUAUGAAAUUAAAGGAUUGAAUGUUGAGGCCCAUAAUGCUUUUGAAGAAGCUUCAAGGAUAGAACCUGAUUUGGUUGCCGCCCAUGAGGGUUUGGCCCGAUUAAGAUAG